GGGGAAAUCGGGUUCCUGUAGUCGAGCUCGUGGGAUCCGUUUUGUUGUGACCCGGAUUGCUUUUUGCUCCGUUUUGAGGGGGUAGCCGGGGCUCCGGCCUCGGCGAGUUUCAAAACCCCCACCUGCCUACUACCAUCUUUCCAUUUCAGGUGUUACAGAUAAUAUAAUCCUUUUUUUUUCUAGAUUUCGAUUUUUUUUUUUUGAAAAUUAUUUUCCAGCCCAUCAGAAAAAAACUAAGUAUAUACAUCGUGAAGAAAUCGGUGAAGACGAUAUGCCUCCACUCACUUGCUGCGUCGACGCCGCCGCCGCCGCCGCCGCCUCUGAUUCCACCGCUGCCUGGUCGCCGGCCGACUCGUCGCGGCUGUACCGGGUGGAGGGGUGGGGCGCGCCCUACUUCACGGUCAAUUCAAACGGAAAUAUCUCCGUCCGCCCUCACGGCGCUCAAACCCUAGCUCACCAAGAGAUCGAUCUUCUCAAAGUCGUGAAAAAAGCCUCCGGCCCGGAAACCUCCGACGGGCUCGAGCUCGGGCUCGGGCUCCCGCUCGUUGUCCGUUUUCCCGACGUGCUAAAAAAUCGACUCGAGUCUCUCCAGUCCUCCUUUGAUUCAGCAAUCGAAUCCCAGAAAUACAACUCUCACUAUCAGGGCGUUUACCCAGUGAAAUGCAAUCAAGACAAGUUCGUGGUUGAAGACAUUGUGAAAUUCGGGUCGGGCUUUAAAUUCGGGCUCGAAGCCGGGUCCAAACCAGAGCUUCUCCUAGCGAUGAGCUCCCUCUGUAGUGGAAGCCCCGAUGCACUAUUGGUAUGCAACGGUUUCAAAGAUGUGGAGUUCGUAUCUCUUGCUCUCGUUGCGAAAAAGCUCCAUUUAAACACUGUAAUUGUUCUCGAGCAAGAAGAAGAGCUCGAUAUCGUAAUCGAAGUCAGCAAGAAGCUAGGUGUCCGGCCCGUAAUUGGGGCCCGUGCUAAGCUGAGGACUAAGCAUUCGGGCCAUUUCGGUUCUACCUCAGGCGAAAAGGGCAAAUUCGGGUUAACUACAUCGCAGCUUCUUCGAGUUGUGAAGAAAUUACGGGACUAUGAAAUGCUCGAUUGCUUGCGGAUGCUGCAUUUUCAUAUCGGCUCUCAGAUUCCUUCAACCAAUUUACUGGCCGACGCUGUCGAUGAAGCUGCGCAAAUAUACUGCGAAUUAGUCCGCCUUGGGGCCCACAUGGGAGUUAUUGAUGUAGGCGGCGGCCUUGGUAUUGAUUACGACGGCUCUAAGUCUUCGGAUUCCAAAAACUCGGUUGCUUAUACUCUUCAAGAUUAUGCUUCGGCUGUCGUUCGAUCCGUUCGUAGUGUAUGUGACAGCAGAGGUGUAAAGCAUCCCAUCAUUUGCAGUGAAAGUGGCCGUGCAAUCGUUUCUCAUCACUCGAUUUUAGUCUUCGAAGCCGUUUCGAAUUCAACAAGCUCCUGUAAUUCCCCGGAGAUUUCUUCUCUUGAUUUCGAGGAGCAAUUGAAAGAUGAUGCUCUUGCUAAUUACCGAAAUUUAUCUGCAGCAGCAGCUAAAAACGACUACGAAUCUUGUUUGAAUUACGCAGAGCAGUUGAAGGAGAGACGUGUCGAACAGUUGAAUUACGCAGAGCAGUUGAAGGAGAGAUGUGUCAAACAGUUCAAAAAAGGGUCUUUGGGAAUGGAAGAGAUGGCUGCAGUUGAUGCCCGUUGCGAAUUAAUGUUUAAAGAAAUCGGCUUUCCUGAACCCGUUAGCACAUACCAUGUGAAUCUCUCGAUUUUCACUUCGAUUCCCGACUUUUGGGGCAUCGACCAAUUAUUCCCCAUUAUUCCAAUCCACAGGCUAACCGAAAGUCCUAAAAAAGAGGCGAUCUUGUCCGACUUAACUUGCGACAGUGAUGGGAAAAUCGACAAGUUCAUCGGCGGAAAAUCGAGCUUGCGUUUGCACGAGUUGGGAGAAGGGGGAGGAAAAGGGAAUGGAGGUUAUUACUUGGGGAUGUUUUUGGGUGGGGCCUACGAGGAGGCGUUAGGUGGGGUCCACAACCUGUUUGGUAGGCCGAGCGUGGUGCGUGUUUCGCAGAGUGACGGCCCACAGAGCUUUGCUGUGAUGGACGACGCUGUACCGGGGGCUUCCUGUGGGGACGUGCUGCGGGCGAUGAAUCACAAUCCGGAGGUCAUGUUAAAGACACUUAAGGCGCGUUCGGACGAGUUUGUUGGAAUCAGCAGUGAGCUUGCUUCUUCUUUUAACAAGAUGCCUUAUUUGGUGGUGGAUAAUGCAGCAUCUUCUUCUCCUUCUUCAUGCAAUGGUAAUAAUAAUACUCAUGGUUAAUAUUAUUGAGGAGUUGUAUUAUUGUGUUGCUUUUGAGUUAAAUUAUGAAAUCUUCUAAAAA